GAUUGGUUUAUGCAGGCAGUAUGACGAGCACAUUUUUCUAUGAUGAUGAAAUGCUGCUUCUAAAACAAGAUAAUGAUGUCAGUGAAGGAAUGUUGCUUCAACAACAAGAUAAUGUUCAGCCUAUAAGUGUGGAUACCACUCAUUUAUGGUCGACCGAUCAGGUAUUCAUUGCGUAUACCAUAAUGCCUACACAACCAACUCUGACCACCAUCAAUUACAAUCUCAACCACCAUCACUGCCUACACAACCAACACUGACCACCAUUAAUCUUCACCACCAACCCCAUUACUCAUUCAUCCUACACCAUAAAUACCUUUACUUCCUAUAUUAGUCCCCUAUGCACCAAAGGCAUCCUACACCAUUACAUUACUUCCCUUCUUCCCUUGUUGCAGGAAAUAACCAAAAGAAAUGGAACAAGAUCCACCAUCAACCUUCAUCCGCCCUUGCAAACGCCAAGACAACCUUGCCUCCAGCUCUCGUCCUCUCAUUCCCGGCCCAGCUGGCGCCGUCCAGGCCGCCAUGAUUCACCGCAGAUCCACCGACGACAAACCAAACAUUUCAACCCAACAAUUCGUUAGGCAAGUCCUCCAAGACGGCCACGACACCGAUCCCGAUUUCCAAUCCAAUGCUUGGCUUUCAGCCCUGCAAUUAAACAGAUCUGCCACUCCUCUGGGCGCAAUCACUCACCAUCAUGAAAGAGUAGAUCACGUCAUCGGUGUUAUCAAAUCCUGCAAUCCCAAUGGGUUUGGAGAUGCAACAGUUACACUCAAGGACCCUACGGGCACUGUUGGCGCUAGUAUCCAUCACAAGGUCUUCACUGAAAGCGUAUUUGCGAAAGACAUAACUGUUGGAUCUGUUCUGCUUCUCCAAAAGGUCGCUGUGUUCUCUCCUAGAAAGUCUAAUUGUUAUCUGAAUAUAACCUUGUCCAAUGUAGUCAAGGUAUGAUAAUCUUCUUCCACAUCUAAAAUAAAGCAUUUGAAUCUUUUCCACAUCUACAACAAAGCAUUUGAAUC